AUGUCUUCACAAGGUCCGGAAUCAGAAGCACUUAAGAUAAAAUAUAAAGAAAUAGCAGCCUUGAAAAAAGCAAUACAAGAAAAACAAGAUUUGAAAAGGCAACAACAACAGAAUGCAUCCAAGAUCCAGAAACAGGCAUACAAAAGAAUAUUGAAAUUGCCAGUAAACCCAAAUGCUUUUAUCCCACAGAAGCCAAAAUUUUCUAACAUGACAUUGGUAGUUAAUAAUACCGGUAGUGAUAGUAACGGAACUGCUUCGACUACAGAAGAAGGCACAAGCUCUGCUGACCAGCAGGGGUAUGUAAGUGUUCAAUCAUCUGGAGGUAAGUCGUUUUAUAACAUAAAUGUCUAUCAGCAAGAAGCUGAAAAGUUGAAAGCCAAAAUUUUACUAAAGAAAAAACAGGUACAGGAACAGAAACGAUUAGAGAAGAUAAGAAAUCAAAUUCCGAAGUUUAGAACAAUGUCUGACAAUUGUGAUCGAAUCAAGAUUAAUGGGGACAAGUAUGCAGUCACGGAAAAUGGACGAGCACUUGUACCCAUUAGAAUGAUUCAACUUACUAACCCUACAGAGUGUAUUUGGAAUGGAAACAAAUACCAAAGAAAUUCACAUGGAGUCUUUAAAUUGUCGACACCAGUCAGAAGAAAGAGGUAA